AUGCCCAAACUCAUUUCCACGAAACAGAAAAAGAAGCUUCGAAAGUUGGUGAUUACUGACGAGUCUAUAGGAGAAGAUGUUAUUCAAGAUCCUCCAGUGACAACAUCUCAAGAUACUUCAAAUGUCGAAAUGACAAUUAUCUCUUCGCAAUUGUCACAACCUGAACCAUUCAUUGUUUCUCUUGCUAUGGUGUCCAAUGUCAAACUUCCCAGCCUCAAGGAGCAUCAAAGUAUCAUGGACAAAAUGUGGAUUUGGAUGACAAUUCCACUUCCUGAGGAGGACCAGGUGGUGCCUCAUUCUCCAGAGCCAGAGGAUGAUCAUGCCCCAGAGGUUCCAUUACCAACAUCACCUCUAUCUAAGGACGAGAAGCCUCACAAAGAUGAGGAGGACGAGGAGAUAGAUAAUAGUUCAAUGUAUCCAGAAUCAUCCUCCAAAGAUGACUCAACUGAUCAUGUUGACUACUUCAAGCCAUAUACCGAGGAGGAGACAAAUGCUAUUGAUGGGGGCAAGCCAGAUCCUGCUCCACCAUCAUUGGAGGUUCCACCACUACCCUACCAUAGAUCUUUUAGACUACAUAUCACAAUCAUAGAGUGGCAUGAGGAGGAUAUCAUUAGAUUUCACAAUGAGGUGGGCUUAUCGUCCAGAGCUCCGAUAUGUGAUCCUAUUCUUGAAACUUCGAUUGAGACAACGAUAUAUGUGCUAGUCACACGUACGGCAGAACAUUCCGAUAGGAUACACUAUAUAGAUGUGGAGCUUAGGGUGUUAAAUAGUGAGAUAGGACAUCUAUUAGGUCGAGUCCUAGAGUUCGAGAAGCGUAAGGACAUUAAUGAGAUAAGGAUCCUACAUGCUUAUAACCACUUGGAGGAGGCACGGUCACAAAACAUGAUACAACUGAUUAUGAUGGAUGAGAUGGAGCUCUGCACAGAGAUAUUAGAAGAGACGAUUGCAGUAAUCGAAGCGAGGGAAUUGAAUUAA